AGAUUUCUGGCACAGAGUUUGAGUUCUAAGAACGAGAAGAAGCUAUAACGGUCCGUCUUCUUAGAAUCUCGGGCACAUUGGUAUAUUGCAGACUUAAUUUAUUUAUCUAAAAUAGCGGACCUGAACAUUCGAUCGUCAUGACUGUCGUUGGCUGCAACAAGUGUGUCAAAUUCAUGCUCUUUUUCUUUAAUUUCGUUUUCUGGUUGGCUGGAGGUGUGAUCUUGGGAGUGGCUCUAUGGCUUCGUCAUGACAACCAGACCAGCAGUCUCAUCAUGCAGCAGUUUGAAGGCCAGCAGGCUCCAAACACCUUCUAUACCAGCGUGUACAUCCUGAUUGCUGUGGGAGCUGUGAUGAUGAUUGUAGGGUUCCUUGGUUGCUAUGGUGCCAUCCAGGAAUCUCAGUGCCUCCUUGGAACGUUCUUCUUCCUGUUGGUGUGCCUCUUCGCCUGUGAGGUGGCUGCUGGCAUCUGGGGAUUUAGUAACCGUGAGACAAUCUCCAAGGAGAUGAUAAAUUUCUAUGACGCGGCGUACAUCAAGUCAGUGGACGUUGUAGACUCUUCCAGCAAAACAGCUGCUAUCAAAGUCCUGGAGGUGUUCCACGAGACGCUGGACUGCUGUGGUAAAGGAGACGACUCCCCCUUAUUCAAACAAGUGGCCGGAGCUCUGUGUCCCAAGAAGACCCAGGACGAUGCCUUGUUGAAACCUCAGAGCUGUCAUCUGAAGCUGAAAGACCUCUUCUCCGAGAAGCUCUGCCUGAUUGGUCUAGCUGCCCUGGUGGUCGCUGUCAUCAUGAUCUUUGAGAUGAUAUUCACCAUGGUUCUCUGCUGUGCGAUCCGCAACGCCACCCCAGUGUACUAGAACCACAGAACCGUAAUUUAACCACAGAACCAUAGAACGACGGAACCAUGGAAUCAUAGAACCACAGAACCAUAUUGGAGGGGAAAGUCCUCUACAGAUCAAAGCCAACAAAGGGGAUGCAAAUGUUAUGUUAUGUUUUGUUUAGUUCCUGUUAUGUUUUGUGUUGUACUUCCUGUUUUGUGAUGUAGUUCCUGUUUUGUGUUGUAGUUCCUGUUAUGUUUUGUGUUGUACUUCCUGUUUUGUGAUGUAGUUCCUGUUUUGUGUUGUAGUUCCUGUUAUGUUUUGUGUUGUACUUCCUGUUAUGUUUUGUGUUGUACUUCCUUUUUUGUGUUGUAGUUCCUGUUAUGUUUUGUAGUUCCUGUUAUGUUUUGUGUUGUAGUUAUUUUUUGUGUCUUAGUUAUGUUUUGUGUUGUAGUUAUUUUUUGUGUCUUAGUUAUGUUUUGUGUUGUAGUUCCUGUUUUGUGUUGUAGUUCCUGUUUUGUGUUGUAGUUAUGUUUUGUGUUGUAGUUAUGUUUUGUGUUGUAGUCCCUGUUAUGUUUUGUGUUGUAGUUCCUGUUAUGUUUUCUGUUGUAGUUCCUGUUUUGUGUUGUAGUUCCCAUUUUGUGUUGUAGUUCCUGUUUUGUGUUGUAGUUCCCGUUUUGUGUUGUAGUUCCCGUUUUGUGUUGUAGUUAUGUUUUGUGUUGUAGUUCCUGUUUUGUGUUGUAGUUCCUGUUUUGUGUUGUAGUUCCUGUUUUGUGUUGUAGUUCCCGUUUUGUGUUGUAGUUCCUGUUUUGUGUUGUAGUUCCCAUUUUGUGUUGUAGUUCCUGUUUUGUGUUGUAGUUCCCGUUUUGUGUUGUAGUUAUGUUUUGUGUUGUAGUUACGUUUUGUGUUGUAGUUCCUGUUUUGUGUUGUAGUUCCUGUUUUGUGUUGUAGUUACUGUUUUGUGUUGUAGUUACGUUUUGUGUUGUAGUUCCUGUUUUGUGUUGUAGUUACUGUUUUGUGUUGUAGUUCCCAUUUUGUGUUGUAGUUCCUGUUUUGUGUUGUAGUUCCCAUUUUGUGUUGUAGUUCCUGUUUUGUGUUGUAGUUACGUUUUGUGUUGUAGUUCCUGUUUUGUGUUGUAGUUCCUGUUUUGUGUUGUAGUUACGUUUUGUGUUGUAGUUCCUGUUUUGUGUUGUAGUUCCUGUUUUGUGUUGUAGUUCCUGUUUUGUGUUGUAGUUACGUUUUGUGUUGUAGUUCCUGUUUUGUGUUGUAGUUCCCGUUUUGUGUUGUACUUAUGUUUUGUGUUGUAGUUACGUUUUGUGUUGUAGUUCCUGUUUUGUGUUGUAGUUCCCAUUUUGUGUUGUAGUUCCUGUUUUGUGUUGUAGUUACGUUUUGUGUUGUAGUUCCUGUUUUGUGUUGUAGUUCCUGUUUUGUGUUGUAGUUACGUUUUGUGUUGUAGUUCCUGUUUUGUGUUGUAGUUCCUGUUUUGUGUUGUAGUUCCUGUUUUGUGUUGUAGUUACGUUUUGUGUUGUAGUUCUUGUUCAUUCUUAUUAUAUUGCAGGAUCAUGUACAUUUUUAUAUGUACAUUUUAUAUGUACAUUUUUAUCAGUAUUUUUGAAUAGAGACUAGAUUUUACUACUGUAUUUUUGUUAAUUAUGUUUGAACAAAACUUCUAAUGUAACAGUUUGAGUCUUUUGAUGACCGUUGAUUAAAUGCCAGGCUUUGACCAGCGGACAUUCA